GGCAAUGCAGACUGCUACCCUGAGGGGUCCUGAACACCACACACAUACACACGUGUGCGUGUACAGCAGCCAUGGCGGACCUACAGAUGAAGCUGCUCCGCAAGAAAAUCCAGAAGAGAAGUGAUAAAGACAAAGAGCGCAAACUGUUGAAGACACAGGCAGAAGAUGAAGAUACCGCAAACUCAAACGGGUUGGAAAAGGUACCCGAAGCUGCCUGUAAGCUUGACGACAAACCCAAGAAACCCCAGCAGAAACGGAAAGAGGGAUCACUGAAUGGGACCCCCACAGCGGACACUGCUGUGAAGAAAAAGACCAAGAAGAAGAGAAAGCUUGUCGACACUGCAGGAUCACCAGUUGAGAAGAAGACCAAAACAGUGAAUGAAGCAGAUGGUGAUGAAGAGGUGGAGGCGAAAGCAGCAUUAGCAGAUGGAGAACAGGCUUCAGAAAAACCGGAGGAGGAGGAGGAGGAUGAUGAAGAGGGUGGAGAUAAUGAUGAUGAAGAGGGUGGAGAUAAUGAUGAUGAGGACAAAUCUGGAGAGGAAGAUGAUGAAGAGGAGGAUCAACCUGAAUUACCAUCCGGUUUAACAGGAGCGUUUGAGGACACCUCCUUUGCUUCCCUGUCGGAGCUCGUGAGUGACAACACGCUGAAGGCAGUGAGGGAGAUGGGCUUUGAGCACAUGACUGAGAUCCAGCACAAAAGUAUUCGCCCCCUGCUGGAGGGAAGGGAUGUCCUGGCUGCUGCCAAAACAGGAAGUGGUAAAACCCUGGCCUUCCUCAUCCCGUCUAUAGAGCUCAUCUACAAACUCAAGUUCAUGCCCAGGAACGGCACAGGAGUAGUGAUCCUCACGCCCACACGUGAGUUGGCGAUGCAGACAUACGGCGUGCUAAAGGAGCUGAUCCAGCAUCACGUGCACACCUUCGGGCUGAUCAUGGGGGGCAGCAACCGCUCCGCCGAGGCCCAGAGGCUCGCCAACGGGGUCAACAUCGUGGUGGCAACACCGGGCCGACUGCUGGACCACCUGCAGAACACGCCCGGGUUCAUGUACAAGAACCUGCAGUGUCUCAUCAUUGAUGAGGCUGACCGGAUCUUAGAGGUGGGCUUCGAGGAGGAACUGAAGCAGAUCAUCAAACUGCUGCCAAAAAAGAGACAGACCAUGCUGUUUUCAGCCACGCAGACCCGGAAGGUGGAGGACCUGGCCCGCAUCUCCCUGAAGAAGGAGCCGCUGUACGUGGGCGUGGACGACAACAAAGACAACGCCACCGUGGACGGGCUGGAGCAGGGCUAUGUGGUGUGCCCCUCAGAGAAGCGCUUCCUGCUGCUCUUCACCUUCCUGAAGAAGAACCGCAAGAAGAAGCUCAUGGUUUUCUUCUCCUCCUGCAUGUCUGUGAAGUUCCACUACGAACUUCUCAACUACAUUGACCUGCCUGUCAUGGCCAUCCAUGGCAAGCAGAAGCAGACCAAACGUACCACCACCUUCUUCCAGUUCUGCAAUGCUGACUCGGGCAUCCUGCUGUGUACUGACGUAGCUGCCAGAGGACUGGACAUCCCAGAGGUGGACUGGAUCGUCCAGUACGACCCCCCAGAUGAUCCCAAGGAGUACAUCCACAGGGUGGGCAGGACAGCCAGAGGCAUCAACGGCCGGGGCCACGCUCUGCUGAUCCUCCGCCCCGAGGAGCUGGGCUUCCUGCGCUUUCUGAAGCAGGCCAAGGUCCCAUUGAGUGAGUUUGACUUUUCUUGGGCUAAGAUCUCUGACAUCCAGUCCCAGCUGGAGAAGCUGAUAGAGAAGAACUACUACCUCCACAAAUCAGCGCAGGAGUCCUACAAGUCGUACGUGAGGGCUUACGACUCCCACUCGCUCAAACAGAUCUACAGCGUGAACACCCUGAACCUCCCCAUGGUGGCGCUGUCCUUCGGCUUCAAAGUGCCUCCAUACGUCGAUCUGAACGUGCACGGCGGUAAAGGCGGAAAGAUGCAGAAGCGAGGCGGUGGAGGCGGCUUUGGAUACCAGAAGUCCAAAUUUGGGCAAAAGUCAAGAGUCUUUAAGCAUGUGAACAAAGGAAAGGGUGACAAGAGGCAGUUUUCCCGCUGAAGAUGGAAAAGUGAACUCCUCCUGGACUGAUUCCUCCUGUGUAUUUAAAGAACUGCCUUUUUUAAAUACAUGAACUUCCUGCUGUGAGGGCAGGCUCCAGCUGUCCUGUGUGUGUCUAAAUGUACAACUGUUAAAAAAACAUCAUUGGGAUGUAGUGUGUUAAAGCUGCAUUCCACUGUGGACUUCCUGUCCCAGAAUAUUAAAUCUGUUGACUUUAAAUGUUAACUUUGCUUCAUAUUGAUGGGGACUGAUUAUGAGGAGCAUAUUACAUGGAAUGUUUUAUAUGCAAUGUGUAAUACCACGCCACCUAAAUGUACACAAACAACUCAAACUUUAGGUGUGGUGUCAGACUGUAACGCUGGCCUAGCUACGGCGUUGUGCCUCUACCUGCUCUGUAUGCUUUGACAGUCUCUUUAUUGUAUUAAAUCCAAAGUAGCAGAAACGAGAGAAGCAGCUUCGUUGCCACCUGGAAACUGUUUUGCAAAUAAAAACUAUUUUCUGCUGCUUCAGAUUUAGUCAAAUGAACACAUUUUAGAAACAUACAGCCCCACCGUGAAGCGUGCUUCAGCUUCCUCUUCCUCAUAUCGGAUGAGACCACUGGAAUCAGAUUCCUUAUCACCUCUAGAGUAACCAGUGGUACUACAGGACUGGCACGGCUAGCCAGUUAGCAAGCUAGCUUAGGUAAAUGUCUGGAAAACCGUACAUGGACAUCUGGACACUAUGUUCACAUUCUGUUCAGUUUGUUUGUGUUAAAUUAAUUUCCUGGCAAUAUUUUACACAUCUCACCUUGGAGUAUGUCAGGCAAUUCAAUACCCAAAUGCUAUAUAUAAAAAAUCCAAUAAAUGAACUUGUAGAAAAUGUCAUCUUGAGGUGUCAUCAUUCAGGAUGUCUGUUUAUUAAUAACUGAUUAAAGAUUAAAAUACAAGGAAGCAAUUGUAGUACCAUGAUGUUUUAAUAGAUUGUAAAGGGGCUUCCUUCAGUCUCAGAUGCAAAUGAUCAACUUAAAGUCCAUUCCUUAAACUAAAAAUCCCUC